UGAGGCGAAGAAGCAGAUCAAACAGAGAAGGAGCUGUGCUAGAAGAAAUGGAAGAACAAGUUGAUAUGGUGGGAAGGGCAUUUGUGGAUCAUUAUUACCUUCUUUUCGACAGUAAUAGAGCUUCCCUUUCUACUCUAUAUCAACCAACCUCUAUGUUGAGCUUUGAGGGCCAAAAAAUUUUCGGGGCUGAGGAUAUAGCUGCAAAGCUUAAUCAGUUACCUUUCGAUCAAUGCAAGCAUCUGAUCAGCACUAUCGAUUCUCAGCCAUCAUCGACAUCCGGUGGCAUUGUGGUCUUUGUCAGCGGCAGCCUCCAAUUACCGGGGGAAGAACACCUCCUCAGAUUUAGCCAGAUGUUCCACUUGAUUCCAACUCCACAAGGAAGCUUUUUUGUCCAGAAUGAUAUAUUUCGUCUGAAUUAUGGUUAAAAUUUGUUCAAACUCUACCAUUGGAUUUCUGCAACUUACUGCUUAAAUGUUAUUGUCGUUACUCACAAAUGAAGGAAUAAAUGUGUUCGACAAAGAUAUGGAAACAUUUCAUUCUAUGCCU